AUGUCCGACGAAGAAGUUAUCACCGUCUCUUACCAGGAGCGAAUUGCGAUUGUCACGCUCAACCGCCCCCAAAAACUAAAUGCCCUAAACGGCGACCUAUACUACCGCCUCGCCGAACGCCUCCAGGAAAUUGACGAGCGAGAUGACAUCUACAUAACCAUUUUAACCGGAACAGGCCGGUUCUUCUCCGCUGGCGCAGACGUGUCUACGCCCCGAGUAGACGUAGGAGACGAUGCCUCCCCUCGUCGCAAUUUAGCCCGCAGCUUCGUCGCAAACAACAUUGACGUAACUCGCACGUUCUACAACCACACCAAGAUCCUAGUAGUAGCAUUGAACGGACCCGCCGUCGGGCUUUCAGCAGCUCUAGUUGCGCACGCAGACUUCAUCUACGCCGCGCCACACGCGUUCAUCCUUACACCAUUCUCAUCUAUCGGCCUUGUUGCUGAAGGCGGCGCGAGUCAGACAUUCGUUGAGCGACUAGGCAUUGCGAAGGCGAACGAAGCGCUGCUCAUGUCUAAGCGGAUUACAUGUGAUGAGCUUGUUAGCACUGGAUUCGUGAACAAGGUUGUCAAGGCCGAUUCCGGGAAAUCGGAUGAUUCGGCGGGCUUCUUGAAGAAUGUCCUGGCUGAGGUUGAGGACCGAUUGGGCACGCAUCUGAACCAGACUAGCUUGUUGAAGAUUAAGGAGCUUGUGAGACGGCCUGGACGGGAGGCAUUGGACCGUCAAAAUGGCGUUGAGGCUUUCAUGGGCUUGGAGCGAUUCAUGAGUGGGGACCCACAGAAGGAAUUCCAGAGGCUGGCAUCUGGUCAAAAGAAGCACAAGCUUUAA